CCAAAUUAAAAUUUGUUGUAGUUUUAGGUCCAUCGUUAUCCAUUUAAAUAUAAAUAAAAAAGCUAAAAUCUAUUUUGGGACGGAGGGACUAUUAUAAAGACACAUCCCAAAGCGGCCUCUCGCCGCACCAACAGCCAAUCCACACCUCGCUUGCGUUGUCCUCGCCGCGGCCUCGCCCUGAUUCGGUUCCCCCGUUCCUCGCCUCUGUCAUCGUCUCCUCUGACCCAAAUUGAGCCAAGCGAAGCCGUGGCCGUGAUCCGGUCCAUGCGCGGAGCGUGGUAGCCGGAUUCUAUCGCCGUCGCCUCCCCUUCGCCGCUAUUUUCCAGUCGCCGGGAUCAGCCGAGUUGGAUCUCGAGGCAUAAAGCGUUGCGGGCGCCCGGCGAGGAUACGAUGCCUGCGGUGCUCGCCGCAUUCGCUACCCUUCGAGCCGCCGCUGCCAUCGCCUCCGGGGACUCCUCCUUCCCCUGUUCCCAUCGUCUCAAGCAUCGUUUUAGUAGUAGUAAUUUUAGUAGUAGUAAUUGUCAUUAACCUUUGCGUUCCCUCCGUCGCGCACGCUCCUCGGCUCGGUCCUCACCUUCGCAUUUCGGUUUUGGUCUGGUUGUGCUCGAUCCGAGGCUUACUUUGGUUUUGCGGCUUCUCUCCUUGUCGAAGCUUGGUGUCUGGAUUCGACCUGCAGAUCGGAAGGAAACAAGGUGGUCAUUAUCACCUACAAGAUAAGAGAAAUUUCUCUUUGUAAUUUGGGAUCAAGCCUGUGGAUGGACGAACCCUCGGUGGACUUCAGUGCUGAAGGUGUUAGUAGCAGAUCAGGUCUCUGCCAAAGCACCUGUUUAAAUCCUGGUUGUAAGCAUGACCGUGCUUGCUGGGAAGAUGAUUAUGUCAAGGCUGUAAUAUCUCAUGGGCAAGAUGAUUUGGCGGUCGAUGAAAUUGGAUUGGCUCUUACUGAAGUGAUGCAUGCAUAUGAUGAUGACAAAUGGUCAAGUCUGUAUGAAGAUUUUGACGACGGUGUCGGCGAUGAACCAAUUCUUCCUCUGGAAUCAGAUUCAACUGGUGAUUUUGUGGACAUUGACUCCGCAUCACCUACCUUUCCUAGUGACGAUGCAAUGGAAUCAUCAAUUACCAAUUCAUUUGCUCGGAAUUGUUCAAUUAAUGGCACUCCAAGUUUAGUUUCUGCAAUGAAAGGAACACGUGUGAAGAAGGGAAUCACGACAAAGUUGAGCGUUUCUUGGGCCCCUGAUGUAUACGACCCUCCUAUUACUUCUGACUCGCACACGGUGAAAGGGCACCAUACGAGUUCAACUAAGGGUAACUACAAAUACAAGACCUCCAAGAGCAGCAGUACCACUAGAAGGAAAAAGGACAAGAAGCAUUCUAGGCACAGUAGUAGCAAUGGAGGUGGCAGCAAAAGAGACAAGAAGCAUUCUUACCGCAGUAGUGCCAGCAGCAGCAGAGCUAUUACCAGUGGUUCUCAAUAUUGUGACGCAUACAGUGGUGGUGGCAUCAACAGCAGAACUGUUCCUGAAUCUGCCAAGAUAUCUCCAUUGGUGGUAGCUGAAAAUGUCACACCGCAAGAGAUGGUUCCUGUACUGAAGACACUGGAACCAAUCAAAUGUACUACCAGCUGCGGCAAAGAGAAGCCAUUUGCCUUGCUGUCGCGCCAGUUUUCCCCUGCAAGGUACAAGGGGAUGUUCACCUUUUGGAACCAAAACCAACUGGCUUCUUGACAAUUUGCUAUGCGGAAGCUCACCUGAAAGUUUCCUUGCCAAGGGCUGUUCGGAUCCCCUCCAAACUUUAGAGCUUCAAAAAUUUUAGAGCAUUUUAGCUCACUUUUGAACUCUAAAGCUCUAAUCUAAGGUUGACCAAAGUUUAGAUCUAACUGAGCUUUACCUCUAAAGUUUAGAGAAGGAAAUCUAAACAUGCUCUAAUUUGAUUGUAUCAAAGAUUGUUGCUAUUGUUCUCUUCGUUACCAUGUUUGUUUCGCCUGUCUGAAACUUCAGAGAUCAUGUUUUGGAAAAUUGCUUGGCAAAGUGCUUGUGUUGUAUUAUUUGCACACCUACAUUGUAGGGGCUGAUUCAGUCUUCUGUGCUUUUGUUAUGUUGUAUCACGACAUAGGUUGAUUUAUUAGGAGAUUUGUUUGGAACUAUGGAAAACACGCAUGGAACAACAUGUCAGUAUUUGUAAAAAAAGAGUCGCUCAUUGCGGUGAAGUUGAAGAAGUUAUCAAGAGGCAAUAGCGCAGUUAGUCAAACAUGAAAAUAGCAGCAGCAGAAGAAAAUUAUUCUUCUUAUGGCAAAAGGUGUCCUAAGAAAGAACAAAACCAAGAAAUAUUGCUACUGUCACGGCUAAAGAAGCUCAAGUGGUUUUUGCUCGUUCGCUUACCGUUACCGGGCACCACCAACGCCGAAUGAUGCUUGCUGCUGCCCUAGUCCAUCCCGAUGUUAUCGUUCAAGUCGAAGAAUGAAAACAUGCCAGCGUCGGCGAACCAGUUCACGUCAGAAUUCACAUCGCCGAUGAAGUGUGCGUCAAGAUCGGGGACAUAAUCGGGGCAGCGGAGCCUCGGCCGGCGCUGGUUGCUGAUUGCCAUGUCACAUGUGACGCGGCGACACAAUCACUCAAUCAGCGAAUAAAUCUCCGAGCCGCAAACCGUCAGGGUAACCAUGCAACAACCUAAAUAUCCCGUUGCAAAUGGACGGAUAUAUCUCUACUACUCUAUAAGGAGGUAACGUGGGCGUCCACCGUGCCCCCGCCCGUGCGUCCCCACUCCCGCGCCGACAGCGGCACAGCGCCCCUGGACCGCCGCGCGAUCUCCUGCCCCGCCCCGUCGUCAAUCCCGUCCGCCGCGCCCGCCAAGUCUUGAGAUCGAGCAGAUCCGCCAUCCCGCGCCCUCGCACUCCCUCUCCAAUUGGCUUGGCGUGUGCUCGUGCGGCGGUCGAGGCGGAGGCACCUGCGUCGACUCCAAGGAGGAGCAAUGCCUCCUCUAGAUCCAGGAGUCCAAGGCGGCUGUGGAGUACGUCAUUGCUGUCCUCAUCAUCCACCAUCUCAUCGCUCUCGCUCUCGCACUCCCUCUCCCUGUAGCUCCACUUGCAAGUCACCACCAGAUCUCCCAUCCCGCGGCUGCGAGGAGGUCGCCCCCGCCCCACUUCUUCCUCCCCCACGACACCUCUUUGCCGCCGUCACCGCGCUCCCGACGCUCCGCUUCUUCGCGUUGGAGGAAAUCGACAUCGACGCUGCCGCCGUCGUUGGGCUCGGCCUGAAGGAUCUGGGUCGAUAGGGUACACUGGUGGCCGCCGGACUUUGCUGGAUGGCGCAGAACCUCGACGGCCUCAGGCUUGAUAGCGUCGAAGGAGUUGAUGAGGAUGGCUUCGGCGGCUUCGCGGCAGCGCACGACGAGGUGCAGCAUCACCACGUACGAUGGGUCGAACCGGUCCUGGAGCGACGAGACGAUGUCGGGCCCUAGGAUGGGCACACAGCCGGGUAGACGCACCGGCUCGGCCAGGUCUCUGAACUCGCCGGGCAAGGAGGCAGCCAGCUCGGAGAGGUGGACGACGAGCGAGAGCAUGUGGAGGUUCAUGGGCAUGAAGAGGCACCGCGCGGACACGGCAAUGUCGCGUGCGGUGGCGAAGGAGGUCGUCCUGAACUGGUUGGCCCGAACGCGACAAGGUGGGUUGUGUCGCGGAACUCCACGAGCAGACUCGCGAGCGCCGGGAGCGAGCGUGCAUACUUCUCAGUCAUGACUCAUGAGCUCCAUGACGCCUCAUCUUCCUCAAGCUCCACGGCGCCCUCGCCCUCGCGAGCUAGCAACACCCUCCUCCCUGUCGUCUUUGUUCAUCUCCAUGACACUUUUGGAUGCGUACGCCAAGACCAGCCGCCUUGAGCUGGUGCUGCAGGUGCUCGGCGAAAUGCCUAGCAGGAACGUUGUCUCGCGGACCAUGCCUGUCGCCUCGCUGGUGAGUGGUGGCCAGUGGCACUACACGCUCUUUCCUCCAGUGUGGCCCACGACUCCCAUGCCUACACGGUCAUGCUCACGGCAAUGUCCUCGUCCUCGUCCAAGAAGUCUAACUUCUUUGGCCACGCGUGGGAUAGAGCACGUGGCAAGUCUGACGUUGAAAGGAUCUGCAAGGAAGUCUUCGAGGACCUGUCAGACAAGAACACGGGGCUCCUGGACAUCACAACUUUUGUAGCAUGAUUUAUUCAUACAGUUCAUUUUUUCUUGUUCAGUAGUCAGCACGUUGGUCUAAAAUUCCAGUUUCAGUAAAGCUGCAUUGCCUCAUUUAUUUGAUUUCUACAUCAAUACUUCAUUGAUUUACAUAUCGCCAUGAUAUAACUUGAAUUUUAAACAUCUUAACAGGUAUAUGCAUGUGCAUAAUGUCGAACUGAAAUUGAAAACUAAAUACUUGUAGCGGCUGUUCUGUUCGCCUUAUCACUAGGAAAGCAGUACAUUGGAUGGGAGCAUGUUUCUGAUAGACAGCUAAUUAUUUGGCUUCAUUCAAGAUUGUGAUGAUUUGUAGUAAUGAAUUGGAGGCUUCGAUCCACUGCAAUUUAUGUGGUACAAGGGUUUUGUUUGAGAAGGCGAAUGAGAUUCUAAUGGAGGAAAGAAAUAUUCAGUGUGAGUAUUUCCACCACCAACACCCGCAAGUUGAAAGCCUAGACGAAUGAACUAUUCAGACAUUGGCGACAACGCUGGCAUGUUCAAGCUGUCAAUUUUAUUUCUUCCUGCAUCGCUUUUCCUAUUGUCAUUGUUGACGAGAGCCUGCAUUUUGCUGUUGUUUAGCAUAUAAGGAUGGCAAACAUAUUGCAGCACGUAUCAUUUACAAAUGUCUUUUGCACUGGCAUGCUUUUAAAUCAGAGGGGGCUGCUGUUUUUUAUCAGGUGAUUGAGGCCAUAAAUGAUGUCCUAAAGCUAAAAUAAUUUGAGCCCAAGUAUAUUCUAUUUACAACAGGUGUCAGGUGUGUCAUCGAUAUAAAAUCAAUUUGGGAUUUUCAGUUUUGGUGCCACUACAGGGGAACGAAGCUGAUGGUAGAUUACCUUAUUGGUUGCCCAAUACAUCUGUAGUCCAAAGAUGUCGUCUCCAAAGAAACAUUUUCUUGGAGUGUUAACUGCUAUUUUAGUCUUACCAACAGUAUGGUCGCGAGAUCUUCGAGUACUCUCGUACCUUUCAGAUCUGACUGUUAAUAAUUUGUUUUUUUGCACAUUAUUAUUAGUAUUACUAAAAUAAGGAUCAAGUGACUCUGCAUGGUUUUAACUAAUUAUUAUGCAUGCAGCGAGUGGUGUGAUGGCAACUCUUCUUGUAUUCCUGUCCGUUGGUUUAGUUGGUGCUACUGAUGGUACAGGCUUCCAUUUAACUGGGAAGGUAGUAAACUGGAGUGGCAUGCCCUUUACCAUUGGUAUUUAUGGAUUUUUCUACUCUGGGCAUUCAGUAUUUCCAAACAUCUACCAGUCAAUGUCUGAUCACUCUAAGUUCCCUGUGGCACUAUUCAUAUGGUAUGCUUGGCUAUAUUCAUGUUUCGGUUUACCUUGUUACUGAAUAAUGAAUAUUUUUUCGCAAGGUGUGAUGGUAUUUUCGCAAGGCUUCUACCUGUUGCAUAUGGCCCUUGGAUAGUUCCUUUUUUGCAUUUAGCAUGCAAUCCAUUCUUUGUUCUUAUCCCUUCUAACUUCAAGUCACCACCACUAGCCGCAAUCACAUUGCUUUGUUUAUUUUCCAGUGAGCUAGCUCUUUUGGCCUCUGAUUCUUUUUAUCUGUGUAGUACUAUAUUAAUCCAGUCAGUGGAUAUGAAUUCUGCUCUUUGAAGGAUGUGCACAGUGCACUGCUAUCUUGAACCUGGCGAUAUUAGCCAGUGCGCCGUGAGACCAAAGAAGAGUAGCAUCUGUGAAGUUCAUAUAAUUGAAAGUCAAACUCAUGUGAGUUCAUUGCAUCUUUUUUUAUCUGACUACUAUAUAUUCAUCCAUCAGAAACAUUAGAGAAACAAAUCCCUCUAUUUUGUUUACUGCGUAUGAUUUUUUUGUGAAGUGGGAAUGGUCCACUUGAAUGUUAACGUUUGAGAAGAUGUACCUAACAACUGGUUGCCACCUCCAUGGGCACUUCCUCUAAUGGAUAUCCUUGGGUUCAACAAGCUUAUGACAUUACUGAGGUUUUUCUUCUUCUAUAGAAACAUACAUGCAUGCCAGUUUUGAAUUAUUACUUUUGACUAGGCUAACUUCUUCACUUGAGUAACCGGAAUCUGCUUUACCUGUUUGUCUUCUUUGUGAUUAUCUCAUUGUAAAAGCCAUCUGGGUCUAAUCAGAAAUUGGCAGGGAAUUCCAACACAAUUUUGUAAUUAUUCAAACAGGUUUGCUUGCUCUUUCUCUUCCCUUCCUGCUUGAUAAUUCCUGAAUUGUGUUAGGCCUUGUGCUAUUUUAUUUUUGUUCAAAUAUGCAUGGCUUUCAUUUAAUAGAAUUGUCUUUUGGAUUACUGCUCUCAGGACAAGUCCAAUUGAGUUUGUUGUCCCAUGUGAUUGCUAUAUGUAACCUUUAGAAUUUCCUUAUCACAAGUCCAAAUCGAUUUUUAUCUAUUUGAUUUAUCUGUCCCCUGGACGACGCACAAUAAAGCUACCUUUCCAAAUGGAAGUUUAGGUUACAAUAUUUCCUCUCCCUCUCGAGAUUCAACUGUUAAAAGUGGAGAGCCUAUGAAAGCUGAAGGGGAGAUCAAGGUUGGGAUUUUGGAUAAAUUAGUUGUUGAUAAGGAAAAGAAAAAAGGUAUAAGAAGCCGCCAUGACCUCUAAGAUCACCGACUACUUCACCAUUAGACACUGUUGAUCAGAAGCUCAUCAGUGAACUAAACUAUCGGAGCUUGCGGUGUUAAAGAGGACUAGGAUGGAGAGCGUAUGAAGGCAUUGGAGAAGAUGAAUAAUUCCAAACCAGCAUCUUCAAUUGCGAAUCUGGUGGCUUUGAUCAUUUCCGUCAUCUUUUGCUUCUUCAUGCUUUGGCAAGGUAUAACAACUGAUAACCCAUAAGUUAUGUUAACAUGCAUUAUGUUCUAUGCACAAUCAGAUUCUUGUUCACUAGCACUGGUUGUGCAUAACAGUAAACCAUCUUUGUUGCUCCUACUACAUCCAUUUUGAGAUAGAAAUUUCGUACUUAAUCACCAUUACAAUAUGACCAUUACAAUAUGACAUGUGUUCACUACAGUUAUACUUGCAUUCACUUUGCAACCAAUAUCUUGUUAGUUAUUUUUAAAAUGGUCUUUGACUAAUUCCUUCAAUGUUCUACUGGUCUACUGCAUCUCUGCUAACCAAUACCAUUAGUCUUUAUUAAUUUGACUUUGCCUAGAAACAACAGAUGUGUAGGUUAUGCACAAAAGCACUUAUUGAGUUGAGUGGUAAUAUAUACCAUCAACUCCUAGGGAAUUUGAUUUUAUUCCUCAACGUUUAUGCAUUUCAUUUACUACCUUCAUUCUUUUUUUUUCAAAAGUGUUUAGUGCAUCAACAUUGUUUUUAGUAAAUGUCUUUGAUUGUUGCCUUUUAUUGCUAUAUGCUGGACCGUUUUGUUGCGUUGUUUUGCACACAAAUGGAGUGCAUAUUGUGGCGGCUACGAAGGACCGAUGUUUCUGUGUGGCAGUGACAACGACGUCGUGGAGCCAAGUCAAUGCCGGCAAGCUGAUUUUUAGAUUGGAAUCUGUGGUUCUUUUAUGUUCUAGGAUCUUAAAAAAUAUUUGUCAGAACGUAAACAUUUGUUCUGAGGUCAUUUAGGCCUCAAACAAAAUUUCUUGAACUUAUUUUGUUGAUGAAGGGAAUGGGACAUCUCGAGAUCUAAAUAUGUAUAGAAGAUCCAAAUGUGUAUAGAACAUAUAUUUUUUUAUGGGUAUUAAAUAUAAUUGUGCA